AUGACAACCGGCGUUACCACCAGGCGCGGAACGCCAGUCGACGGCUUCACCAACAGGCGGGGGGCAAUAGCAAAGCGACGCAGCGCCGCUCGGACCGACCGUGAUGGCGACCUAGUGAUGGACAGCGCCGCGAAGGCGCGCGGUGGAGGAAUCACCAAGGGCAGAGGCCGUGGAGGGCGCGAUGGAACACCGACCGGACCAGGCCGCGCCAAAAAUCUGAACAGCGAGGUCUUCAAGCGCGAAAUUCUCCGACACGUUGCCACCGGCGAUGCCGUUCCACGCGGUCCCAGAGCCACCACAGGACCAAUCAAGCACAUGAGAGACCUGAAGGUCACCGGCUAUAAAAACAGCAAGGCUGCCGCAAACGACGAUGGAGGGAUCCAGUCGCUCCUCACAUUCCUUGAGAAGAGAGGCACCAUCAACCUGGACAAGCGGAAUAACGCACGCGGUAUCAAAGGAUCGCAUCCAAUCAGAAUCAGAAAGCAUCAACAAGAAGGCGAUGCUCUGAUCAUCACUUUACCGUCCAACGAAGCGCUGUCGAUAUUGCGCCUGGACGGCUGGGUAUUUGCUGGUGCCAAUAUCAAAAUCGAGCAACUCUCGGAACCAACGCGCUCUCCAACCCCGCCGGGACAAGCAUCACGAGCGGAAAAUGCGACUGAAGUCAAGCAAUUACUCCAGAACUUCUUGAGCCGUCGAUACAACGCAGAAAUGAAGCUUCUCGACCUCAGCGCUCUUGGUUCGGACGCAGAGCUCAACACCUUGGGCAUGUUCAACUCGGCAUCCACUCAGUCGAAGUUCUUCCCCGCACUCAUGAAAAUCUGCGAUGGCCUGUUCAAGACAGCGCAGGAGAAGAAGGACACUGUACACAGUGUGACCCUAGCCGACAACGAACUCUCGUCUUUGGCUGCAGUCGCUUCACUUGCGCCAACCUUCCCCGAUCUCAUUAAUCUCGACCUCUCGAACAAUAAAUUUCCCAACCUCGCAUCUCUUCACGGUUGGAAGCACAAAUUCCGCCACCUCGACCACCUUGUUCUCAGCGGCAAUCCGUUUGAGCAAGAGUCACCCGACUACCAAACUCAGAUCACCAACUGGUACCCGACUCUCCGUUUCUUGAACGGCGUUCAAGUCCGCUCAGACGAGGAAGCUGCGAGAACGAGCAAGCAAAUCACCAAGAGUCCUCUACCAGUCGCUGCACCACUUUUUCAGGAUGAAGCGCAGAUCGCGGAAACAUUCAUCACCAAUUUCUUCGCAGGGUUCGACAGCGACAGAAACGCGCUAGUCAACAUGUACUACAAUGCCGACACCACCUUCUCUCUAUCAGUCAAUUCACGGGCGCCGCGAGAUCCUUCGCAGGAUCACAUUAAGCAGGAAUGGGACGUCUACAUCAAGCGCAGCCGAAACCUCAAGCAUAUCGCGCAAACACCAGCACGCAUGGCCCGCAAGCUACAAGGCCAAGACGCCAUCCGCGAAGUCUACAACACACUACCGGCGACUCGUCACCCCGGCCUGAUCUCCGACCCUCAGAAAUGGGUCAUUGAAUGCAUUCACCAGGCCGGCGUGCCAGACCCAGUAGGACAGCUGCCGUAUGGCGUCGGCGGCUUUCUCAUCACCAUUCACGGCGAAUACGAAGAAAUCAACAUUUCGACAGGGCAGCCAAAACAUCACAGAAGCUUCGACCGCACAUUCAUUCUCGGUCCAGGCGGGGCUACGGGUGUCAGGAUCGUCCGGGAUAUGUGGACAGUCAGGCCCUACGGAGGCGACCAGGCUUGGAAGGUCGAUGGCCAGGCUCUGGGACAGGAGCAGCUUGUAGCGCAGCUGUCGGCGGCUACGCGCAUGAAUGCGACCUACUCAAGGCAGUGUUUGGAGGAAAGUGGGUGGAAUUUGGAGAGGGCUGUCGUCGCUUUUGAGAGCGCCAGGGCCAGUCUGCCGGCGGAUGCUUUUGUUUAG